AUGUCCGACCAGGAGGAGGCCACCGAUGGGCACGCUGCUCCUCCUCUCCGAGCACCCAAGGAAAUAACAGUGCGCGUCAAGCUCGGCUCAACUUGUUGCGCGCCGGCACUUCACCCAUUCCUGUCUCUCCGUCCACGACCAGGUCUGUCCAUCUUGGAGCCGCCGGUCCACGCCGCUCUGAUGAUACUACUUAUAAAGCAAAUCCUGUGGCUAUAUUGUCUCUGUCAAGCAGCAACUGCAAGCGUUCCCAGCACACUAUCAAUCGUCAAGCCAGUCACAGGGUCCCUCUCAGGGAAGGUGACCCUUCCCUGCUUCUUCUCAACUAUCCCCACCUCUGCGCCAGUCGUCCACCGGAAAGCUGUCGCUAUUCAUUCCAAAGACCACUUGCGCAUCAAAUGGACCAAAAUAGAGGAUGGGGUAGAGUCAACAGUGCUGGUGGCUCAAAAUGGGGUCAUCAAGAUUGGCUCCAGCUACAGGAACCGAGUAUCCGUGCCCAGUCAUCCUGAGGAUGUGGGAGAUGCCUCGUUGACAAUGGUGAAGCUACUCGCGAGCGAUGCUGGCACCUAUCGCUGUGAGGUCAUGUACGGAAUUGAAGACACCCAAGACACAGUUAACCUCAAUGUGGAUGGUGUCGUCUUUCACUACCGUUCCAAAGACAGCAGGUACACGUUUGACUACCAGAGUGCUGUGGAGGCUUGCCAUAGAGUCGGAGCAAGCAUCGCCUCCUACGACCAGCUGAAAGCGGCUUACGAAGAUGGGUUUGACCAGUGUGACGCUGGAUGGAUUGCUGACCAGACAGUGAGAUACCCGAUUAAAACGCCCAGGAAGGGCUGCUAUGGCAACCUUAGGGCAAAACCAGGUGUGAGGUCAUAUGGAAUCAGGAGACCCACAGAAACCUAUGAUGUGUAUUGUUAUGUGGACAGCCUUUAUGGUGAGGUGUUCUUUGCUCCUGUAAGCUAUAAAAUGACUCUUGAUGAGGCAAGAGAAGAAUGUAAGAAGAGGAACAGUGACCUGGCAAACACCGGCCAGCUUCAUGCCGCCUGGCGACGGGGCCUGGACCGGUGUGACUACGGCUGGCUUUCCGACGGCAGUGCCCGACAUCCUGUUGCUGUACCUAAAGUCCAGUGCGGCGGAGGCCUGCUGGGUGUCAGGACCAUGUAUCGCUAUAGGAACCAAACCGGAUUCCCGGAACCAAUGACUAAGCUCGGAGCUUACUGUUUCAAAGGAGUUAACUCUUGUACUGUAAACAAGUGUCUGAAUGGUGGCUCUUGCUACAUGAGCGGCAACAUUCCUGCAUGUAGCUGUGCACCUGGUUUUGGCGGUGAUCAUUGUGAAACAGAUAUUGAUGAAUGCCAGUCCAACCCUUGCCGCAAUGGCGGUACAUGCGUUGAUGGAGUGGCGUGCUUCACAUGUGUUUGCCUACCGAGCUACUCAGGACAGUUUUGUGAGGAGGACACAGAGGUGUGUGAAUAUGGCUGGCACAAGUUUCAUGGCCAGUGCUACAAGUAUUUCCCCAGCAGGAAGGAGUGGGACUCAGCAGAGCGAGAGUGUCGCAUGCAUGGAGCUCACCUUACCAGCAUCCUCUCCAAUGAGGAGCAACAGUUUGUCAACCGUCUUGGCCAGGACUACCAGUGGAUUGGUCUGAAUGAUAAGAUGUUUGACGGUGACUUCCGAUGGACCGAUGGCAGCCCUAUGCAUUACGAAAACUGGAGGCCCCAGCAGCCUGACAGCUUCUUCUCUUCAGGAGAGGACUGUGUCGUGAUGAUCUGGCACGAGGACGGCCAGUGGAAUGACGUGCCGUGCAACUACCACCUCACCUUCACUUGCAAGAAGGGCACAGUGGCAUGCAGCCAGCCUCCAGUCGUGGAGAACGCACAGACCUUUGGUUCACAACGUGACCGCUACGAGGUCAACUCCCUGGUGAGGUACCAGUGCCAGACAGGUUACAUUCAGAAGCACCCUCCGACGAUCCGUUGCCGCGGCGACGGGCACUGGGACGCCCCUAAAAUAUCCUGCAUUAACCCAUCCAACUAUCAGAGAACCUUCAUGAGAAAGCAUCAACACAAACGUCUUUACAGCGUCUACAACUUCAACCAGAGGCCAGAACAGGACUUCUCGCUCUAUCACCAGCGCUACAGAGUCAGGAGAGGUACGAGUGAACACAAGCGGAGGAGGCUGUGAUUCCCACCUCACUGUUGUUGCUUCUGGAACACAAGAGAGUACAAACAAUCCAAGAGGACCUGCAUUCUGGAUUUUUUUUAAGUGCCUUUUAAAGAAGAUGACUUCUUGCAAUCAAGAGACGCUGUUUUCUAAAGACGACGUGGAGAAAUACUUUCAGCUGGCUACUGGAAAUAUCAACAAGUACAAAUAUUUUUGUUGUUGUUUUUAAACUGUGCUGGCAGUUACAUAACACAUUUGUAUUCCGGCUGUGCUGUUUAAAAAUCACCAUAAGUGUUCCUUAUUCUGAGAAGAUGAAAAGCAGAUGUGAAUUUAUAGCGCUUAUGUUAUGUCAAUGACACGUUUAGCAAAGAUGGAUGCAUCGAUGUUGAUCAUACCAAAUAAAAGAGAGUCAGAUCCUUUUAAAGUUUUUAUUUUGAACCAAACUUUUAGCCGAGGCAGCUCAGAAAAGUGCCAACCUGAACUCCAAUCAUCGUGUUUUUUGAAUGGAAAUAUUUUUAUAGAGAGGAUAAAUGCAACUUUUAUUAUUAUUAUUUUUAAAUUUUAAAUUUUUCAAAUUUUCUUGUAAUCAGACCAUAUUUUCAAUAUAUUAGAAGGAAUUUUUGAAGAAUUCCAUCUAAUAUACCGAAAAUAUGUUCUGUAUUAUAUUAGGUGGAAUUUUUAAGAAUUCCAUCUAAUAUACCGAAAAUGUGGUCUGAUUACAAGAACAUUUGAAAAAGUAUAUGAAUAGAAGACAUAAUGAAACUUUUUGAGAAACUUUUAUUAUUAUUAUUAUUUUCUUUUUUCUUUUUCAAAUUUUCUUGUGAUCAGACCAAAUUUUCAGUAUAUUAGAUGGAAUUUUCAAAAAUUCCAUCUAAUAUACCGAAAAUAUGUUCUGUAGUAUAUUAGAUGGAAUUUUUAAAAAUUCCAUCUAUUAUACUGAAAAUAUGGUCUGAUUACAAGAACAUUUGAAAAAGUACAUGAAUAAGAAGACAUAAUGAACCUUUUUGAGCAACUUUUAUUUUUAUUUUUUUUAAGUACGGUACCGUGCAUACCAGAUGGAGAUGCACAGCACAAUAAAUGCACUGAAACCCAUCAGUGCACAUCUUUUUUUUUUUUUUUGCCAUGACAUGUUUACAAUAACCAUAAUGCUGUUCAUGUUCAUACACCAGAGUCUUGCUCUCAUCUGCUGCUUUUGAGCGACACUUUGUGACGUCUGUUACCGAGAGAAUGUAUUUUGUGAAGCGCUCCCAAAGACUUGAACGUGACAUCCGUUUAAGCACAGAUGCAUGUAAUUUAUUUCCCUUUUCAACUCUUUAAACAUUUCUUCUCCACUCACAGGCUAUUCCAUCAUUUCACCCUUCAGUGCUUUUCAUCUGUUCAUACCUUUCAUGUACAUUCUGACUGAAAAUAUCUCAAAGGACCAAAUAAUAGAGAGAGCCUGUUCAGCUGCAAUAAAGUUGCGUACCAAAGACAUAAUAAUGUACAGUUAUGCGGUUUUGUUUAACAGAAACAUUUGUUUUUGUCUGCCUGUGAAUGUCUCAGCCUUAAUGUGCACAUACAAUUCUCUUUUAUUUUCUAUUUAUAACAUUUUUGGUUUUUGUGUCACACUGUGAAUGUCUGGGAUGUGUUUUUGUUUUUAAAAAGAGGUCGCCUUGUUUCCCUCCUGCUUUAACUCACCAAAGAAAUAAUA